AUAAGGUCGGGGGUCACGGCGUGAUGGAGGGUCGGGAUCGCGCGCCGACUCAUCGGACGACCGUCGGGAGCUCCACGCCACAAGACACCAGACAGUGGCACAAUUCUAGACUUUUCUGGACCUCCACGCCUGUUCAGGAAACACAUCGCCUCCCAAUCGGAUUGCUGCCCCGAUAAAUCUGUGAAGACGAAAGACGACAAUGCAAGCCCCGCUACUCCAACAACGCAUCCUGUGACUCACCUGGCCAUAUUUCUGCUCUGCGCUCUCCUGCGCUCUCCUGGAGACUCGCAAUCCAAAUCUCUCAUCCAUCUGCAAUUCCAGUGCAAUGGCCACCAAGGGUCCCCAGGUCCAGGUCCAUACCACCUCCGGAUAUGAACUGACUGAGCCCUCGAUCGCCCACAAUCGCGAUCGGGCGGCCACUGUCGAGCGCGAGGACCCAUUCAGGUCUGGCACCGUCACCCCGCGCUCAGAGGAGGCCAGCGACGACGAUGUGUUCCCAGAUGGCGGUACUCGGUCAUGGCUCGUCGUGCUGGGAUCCUUCCUGCUACUGAUGGCCUCAUACGGACUCAUGAACUCGGUCGGUGUGCUGCUGUCCCACCUCGAGUCGCACCAACUGGCCGACUACUCCAGCCGCGACAUCGGUUGGAUUUCUGGCAUAUUCGUCUUCACAGCCCUCAGUCUGGGUAUCUUCGUCGGCCCUCUCUUUGACGCCUACGGGCCGAAGGAGCUCGUCACUGCCGGCACGGGGAUCUAUGCUUUGGGCAUCCUCCUCACCGCAGAAUGCACGCGCUACUGGCACUUCAUCCUCUGCUUCGGUCUGACGACUGGUAUUGGCGCUGCGCUCGUCAGUAACGUGGCAAUGGCGUGCGUGCCUCACUGGUUCCACCUGAAGGCCGGCAUGGCCCUCGGGACAGCAAUGGCAGGCUCUGGGCUGGGGGGUGUGGUAUUCCCGUAUAUCAUGCGCGAGACCUGGAACCGCGUCGGCUUCAAAUGGGGCAUGCGUAUCGUUGCGCUUGUUGUCUUCACUCUGUGCGGACUGGCUUCUCUGCUGGUGAAGUCUAGACUUCCCAAGGGUGGGAGACUGAAGGCCGCGUUUGAUAUUCGCUGUUUCAAAGAUGCACGGUUUACAUGGUUGUCCAUUGCUACUUUCUGCCUGGAACUCGUCGUCUUCGCCCUCACCGGUCUCCUCCCCAGCUACGCCAUAGCCCAGGGCUUCAGCUCUAGCGACAGCGUGAACUUCCUAGUCGUGCUGAACGUGACAAACUGCGUCGGCCGACUCGUCGCCGGCCGCAUCGCAGACAUCUACGGCCGCAUCAACAUCCUCAUAAUCCUCGUCGUCAUGGCCGUGAUCCUCAUCUUCACCGUGCUCUACCCAUUCAGCAGUUCGCUGGUUGCAUUAUACCUGUUCUGCGGGACAUACGGGUUCGUAUCUGGCUCGUUCAUCUGUCUUGCCCCCGUGUGUGUCCGCCAGAUUUCCCCCGCGAAGGAGAUCGGGAUGAAGUUUGGGACUUUGUAUGGGCUUGUUGCGUUUGCAACUCUGAUUUCCGUCCCCAUUGGUGGAGAGAUGCUUGAGAGUGUCGGCGGCCAGGUUGUCGUUCUCUGGCUGGGUGGCGUGCUGGCUGCGACCAUUGUGCUAUUUGUGGUUGCCAGAUGGGCUUGCUUGGACUAUCGCUGGAACUGGACGACCAAGAUUUGAUCUCUAAUAGGUGGUAUCUGGUCUAACGGGUAGGUAGGGUUGUGGACGACAAGGAUAAGGAGGAGGAAGUAAUGUGAAAUGACUACUAAUUGCAGCCUUAUGGGCUGAAAAGUACCUGGAUGUUUGGCCUUUGGAGCGAUAUUUAGCGUGCUUUUACUGUUGUUAUGUCGGGAAAUUGCAUAUAUAGAGCUGUUCUUGAUUUAUUGUUCGGUAUAAUGUUUAUGAAGUGGGAUGGAAUGAUAGCUUAGUUAGUGCUAUAAUUAUGAAAUUGGUACCAUGCUUCAACUACCUUGGCCAUGGCUAGUGCAUGCAAGAUCUAUAUAAAUAAAGCAAAAUGGUACUCUCUGCCUGG